UCUUAGGUCUUAAAACCUUUUGAACUUUCUAGAGCUAUGGCAGCCCACUAAUCUGGGAUAUUUUGGAAUAUGUGAACCCAAUUUUUACUGUUCAGAUAUGUGGAACCUAGAGAUCAUAACAAGCUGAAGAUCGUUAAAUCGUUAAAGUUUCAAUUGAAGACUUAUUUUCUUAUUCUGGGCCUUAAUAUUUUUGGGCAACAACACUUGUUUUGAGAGUUUUCUUCGUCCUCCUCUCGUCUGGAGGAUAUGGCUCUGUCUCUUUCGAUACGAGAACGGACCACAGGAAGUUGACUCCUGGAGGGAGCGAGGCUGAGAGACCCAACGGGAGAGAGGGAGAAAGAGAGAGGAGGAGUUAUGUCGUGGAAGAGGAACUACUUUGCGUCCGGUGGCGUUGGGAGCGGAGCUGGUGGUGGCAGCAGUGGCGUUGGCGGUGUUGGGACGAUGAAGCCUCGCACCAUGACUUCCAUCGCUCCCAGUAAAGGGCUGAGCAACGAGCCGGGACAGAACAGCUGCUUCUUGAACAGUGCCCUGCAGGUUCUCUGGCACCUCGAUAUCUUCAGGCGUAGUUUCCGCCAGCUGACGACUCACAAGUGCAUGGAGGACUCAUGCAUUUUCUGCGCUCUGAAGAGCAUCUUCGCUCAGUUUCAGUACAGCAGUGAGAAAGUCUUACCGUCCGAUGCUCUUCGCAGCGCACUCGCCAAAACCUUCCAGGACGAGCAGAGGUUUCAGCUGGGCAUCAUGGACGACGCCGCAGAGUGCUUUGAAAACAUCCUGAUGAGGAUACACUUUCACAUCGCAGACGAGACCAAGGAAGACAUCUGCACAGCGCGACACUGCAUCCCCCACCAGAAGUUUGCGAUGACGCUGUAUGAACAGUGUGUAUGCAGCAGCUGUGGAGCGUCCUCAGACCCUCUGCCUUUCAUACAAAUGGUCCACUACAUCUCCACCACCUCCCUGUGUAACCAGGCAGUGAAGAUGUUGGAGUCGAGGGAGAAAGCAACUCCUGGCAUGUUUGGGGAGCUUCUGAGAAACGCCAGCAUGGGCGACCUGCGCAGCUGUCCGAGUCAGUGUGGCCAGCAGCUCAGGAUGGCUCGUGUCCUCCUCAACAGUCCAGAGAUCAUCACCAUCGGUCUGGUCUGGGACUCUGAUCACUCAGACCUCGCUGAAGACGUCAUACACACUCUGGGAACCUGCCUGCAUCUGGGGGAUUUGUUUUAUAGGGUGAUGGAGGAGAAGGCUCGUCAGGCGGAGCUCUACCUGGUGGGCAUGGUGUGUUACUACGGGAAACAUUACUCCACCUUCUUCUUCCAGACGAAGAUUCGAAGAUGGAUGUACUUUGAUGAUGCACACGUCAAGGAGAUCGGUCCCAAGUGGAAGGACGUAGUGUCUCGCUGCAUCAAGGGCCACUACCAGCCUCUGCUGCUGCUCUACGCCGACCCCCGUGGGACUCCAGUGUCAGUGCAGGACCUUCCCCCAAGCUUCGAUCUCCAACAGCUCCACAAGGCUUGUUACGACAGCGAAGAUUCGGGCCGUGAGCAGUCGAUCUCCAGCGACACUCGCACCGAUUCUUCGACGGAGAGCUACUCGUACCGACAGCCCUCCCACUCACACCAUGAGUCCCUGGCCAGUCACUACUCCUCUGACUCCCAAGGAACUGUCAUCUGCAUCGAGCGCCCGGACGGACCCUUGCACACCUCGCUCUGCAGCCUGGAUACCUUAGGCCACGCGACGGACAGUGAGCAACACCAAUCUCUGAGGAAGGGAGGCGGGGCCGGGGAUAGGAGGCGGAGCUCUAGCCGCCACCGGCGAUCUAAACAAGACAACGAGGCCUCGUCAGCCGGUUACCACAGCGAGGGUGAGACUUUAAAGGAGCAGAAGGUUCCUCGUAACCUCCCCAAACCUUCCUGUUCCUUCUCAUCCUCAACCAGUCGCCUGCGAGAUUUAAGGGAGACCAUGAGUAACAUCAUCCACAACAGACCCCUCUCCUCCUCCUCCUCCUCCUCUUUACCAGCUGCUGUCCUCGCCGAAAUCACCUCCACGACCAACAACCACCACCACCCUGCCAGUGCUACUGCUCCAUGCUCCUCCUCCAAUAAACCCCAAGACUGGGAGGCCGAAAGCACCAGCAGCGAGUCCAAGUCCAGCUGCUCAGGGGGAGCAGGGUCAGGGAGGUACCGACCAGCAUGGAGGCCACGAAGGGAGGCUCUCAACAUUGACAGUAUCUUUACUCGGGAAAGGCGCAGGCAGGCGGGGUACAGCCCACUUGGAGCCUCCCUUCCAGACGACAGUGGAGCUGCAACCACAGUGGGAGCAGACGCCUCCCUGCCCGGCCAGGCGAGGGUGGCAUCAAUCAGGCCAGGCUCCUCCUGGACUCUACCCACUUCCUCCAGCAGAGGAGCUGGAGACAGACUAGGAGGAGCAGAGCUGCCACCUCCUCCUCCCCCUCCUCCCAGGCUGAUCCAGAGGAUGGAGAGUGGAUACGAGAGCAGUGAGAGGAACAGCAACAGCCCAGUCAGCCUGGACCUGAACCUGGUAGACAGGGAGUGUGUUGUGAAGAAAGCUCCGCCUUCUUCCUCUUCUUCAGGACCGGCAUGGAAGAACUCCAGGUCAAAGAGCAGCGGAGCUCUCCUGCAGGAGCUCAGCUCGUCCAGCAGGGGGAACCUUGCGCCCCCAGCAGGCCGUAGUGAACUGGAUGAGCUGCAGGAAGAGGUGCAGAAGAGAGCAAGGGAAGAGGAGCAGCAGAGACGGCAAGAGAAGGAGAGGGAGGCAGCGCUCGGCUUCAACCCCCGACCCAGCAAGUACCUGGACCUGGACCAGCUGCAGAUCCAGGGUAAAGGUGAUGGCUUUGAGCGAUGUGUGGCAGAGGCGGAGCUUCUACUGGACCAGUCGGUGCGUCUGGAGCAAGCUGGGGAGGUUGCCGCUGCACUGUCAGCUGUCAACGAAGCAGUCUCUAAACUGCAGUUGGUGGCGGCUGAGGGUGGAGCUAGUAGUUUCAGCCGGCUGCAGCGCUGCAUGAGGAGAGCACGCAAUCUGCAGCAACGCAUGCAAAUGCAGCAGCAGCAGGACUCAGAGACAGGGACACAUCAACCAGAGCAACAAGAGGAGGAGGGGCAGCAGCUCCAGGAACAGCCCAGUGAAAAGCCUCUCUCGCUCCAAAUACUUCUGACUGAGAGACAGGAGGACCAGUCAUCUGACAGUCUGGACCAGCAGCCUCGGCCUCUUUCUCCCUGCCUUGUUAAGCCCCUCCCUCCCAGCUCAGUUCCCUCAGACUCAAUCAUCGGGGUUGCUGCAAGUUCAUCCAGGGAAGAGAGCAGGACCAAGGGCCCCUGCUCCCACUUUGGAAAACCGCUCACAAGCACUGGGUCCCUCCCGGCUCUGUGUGUGGACCCUUUGGAGCAGAGCUCUCUUGAGGACUUGGCUCCACCCCCUGCACCUGAGGAUGCGGACCUCCCUGCUAAGUGGACCAGAACACCUCCUGUGUCUAUUCCAACAAGGGAAGCCCCCCAACUCAGGCAGUAUUCACAAACCCCAUCACCUGUUGACUCCAAUGACAGGUGUCAUCUGAUGAUGAAGGAGGAGGAAGAGAGUUAUAGACACCCUCAGACCACUACCCCCCACAUCGCCAGGCUAGCCCCGCCUCCUUCCACCAAUACAACCAGGAACUGGUCCUGUCUAAGCCUGGACCAUCCUGAUGCCGUUGAUUCCCCUGUUGACCCACCACUCAGCUCACCCCCCUACUCCCCACCAGAGUCCCUCUCAAGUGCCCCCCCACCGACUGUGAGCUGGCCCGGUCUAGCUCCCUCCCUGCCCCCCAGCCAUGACUACAGAGCGGCCCUGCCUGUGGAGCGCUGGGCAGAGAACGUCAACAGAUACUACGGCUCCCAGAAUGCAACAGUAGGAGGGGAAGCAAUGCCAGAUGAGGAGCUUUCAGAGCUGGACUCUCUGUACCAGGCCAGUCUGCUUGCUCCCAGUAUGCCCCGGGGCAGCCGAGGAGUAAGUCCUCAACCGACCAACAACAAACCAGGUGUCCGGAAGAUGCUGUCAGGACUUGGACGUUCCAAAACACCUACGGCUGAGAUCGAGAGAUACGCCUACAGAACACCAGUUACACCUACUCAUAAGCCGCCAGGUGAAGACGAGAACUACAGCGCAGAAAACCUGCGACGCAUCGCCCGCAGCCUGAGUGGAACUGUCAUCGGGUCACGACCGCAAAACCUCGGCCCCUCCCGCAGCUGCGACCCCCCUGUUCCCAGACCCCCCCUCAGACAAGCCGACCAUCACUCCUCCUCCUCCUCCUCCUCCCUCCGUCGCCCAAGCACCUCAUCCCUGCACCUUCCCUCCUCCUCCACUACCUCCUCCUCCACCUCCUUUCCAGCAGAUCACUCCCACCACCACCUCCAACACCACCCACCCCGACAUCACGGCCCCUCAGCUCCCGCACCUCCUCCACAGCACCCUCUCAUGCAGACAUCACGACCCCCAAGCUCGGGGCUCUCCUCCUGGGGACACUCAGGACCUGGAUCAGGAGUCCAGCAGCAGUUUCUGGCUGUGUCUGACAGGCAUCAGGCUCUCUCGGGUCAAAGCCUCCACAGUGUCGCGAUGAGUUACGGCACUCUGCCCCGGGCUCCUCGCCGAGCUCUGCCUCCCUCCUCCACCUCCUCCCUCCCCCGACCACGUGCUAGCUCCGGUCCUUCCCCCCCUACAGGUCCACAGAGUCUCUACGCUACCCUGUCUCACCCUCGCCGCUCUGCCAACACCAACGGUCACUACAGGCAACCGUCACUGCCCAAUCCGGUCAACGGGUCCUCCUGCUACGCUCCACAUCCCCACAGGGUGCAUGGAGAGGGCCCCCCCCAGCCACUCCGCCUCGACAUGCCCCCUGAGACUGACUGGCGCAGGGAGGCAGACUACAGGACUGUCCAACCUAGUUCAUCAUGGGACCCCCGCACUGCUCGCCACCACCAGCCCCUCCAUCGCACCAGCUCCCAUCAGCCCCCCACUACCCGGCCCCUCAGAGACCCCCACUUCUGCUCACUGUGCCAGCAGCUUCCUGCUGAGCCGUCACGCCCCUACUGCAAGUCCUGCGGCGCUUAUGUGUCUCGGUUCCGCCCUGCCAGCUGAUCAUGACCCCCCCCCCCCCCCCCCCUGCAGAUCCCAGAGAACAAGAGUUUUGUAUCCAUCAUAACAAAAGGGUUAAAGUUUCUGUUCUGUAUCUUUGUGCCAACACGUCAUUUUAACCUCUUCUGGCUGUGAAGCCCCGCCCCCUUGUGGAGUUAAGCUCUCUGAUUGAUCUGCAGCUUCAUCAGGGGAACAAAACUUUCUCUGAAACUUUCUUAGUUUCAGUUAUUCAGUUUAGUUUCCACCACAAGAAGCAGUCGCCUGAAGUGCAGCUAAGACUCUACAUGGCCCGCCAUGUACAUGGCCUCCCCCCCCCCCCCCACACACACACACACACACACACAUAUGCAGGGUCACUAAAUAAACAAUUUAAGAGAGAGAGAGAGAUCUAUAUACAGAAACCGUUGAUGAAUGUCUGCUGUAUUAAAGCACAUUUAGAUUUAUAAUGGAGACAAAGCACCAGAACACAGACGCUGAUCGUGACACAAACAGCUGGUGAACUGAGAGCAGAUCAUAGUGACCUGCUGUCUGUUCAACUGUGCACCCUCAGUCUGAUCAAACUACAGACACAUGGAGGCAUAAACACGUGUUUUAAACAGGAGAAUCCUGAGAAUGAUUAUUUAGUCAAACAUUUUCAAAGUUCAAGCUUCUUUUAAUAAAGUCAGUAAACUGAAUAUUUUUUCAUGCUGGACGGUUGGUUGGACAAAAGGACACUUAUCAAAAUGUCAUCUGUAAUUGAUCCUUUCUUUCUGAAGUUUAACAUGCCAAAAAUGAAUCUCUUGAUAGAGAAUCAAUGAGUUGCUGCAGCUUUGCCUCAAAUUGUGUAGCUUAUUAUUAUUUUUUUCGAAAUUAUCUUUUGUUGUGUGUAGUUUUUCUUUCAACCAACAGUCCAGAUCACUGAACAUAUUCAGUUUGCUGUCAUAGAAAACGAGUGUAGGGAUCAUGUUUUAGUAAGAUAAUGACUCUGAAGUUAUGAUCAGAAAGGUUGCCGAUUAGUUUUGCAGUUCAACACUGACAUGUGAUGUGUCUGUUAUUUGAUCUGAAGGUGUGAAGUUGAACAGACGCCAUGUUUCAGCACCACAGGUAUAAAAUAUAUCUUAAAACAGUGAUAACAUAUUUAUUAUAUCUAUGAGCUGAACCCACAGAGCUACAGAAGAUCUAAACAGGCAAUGAAGGACGUUAAAGACACGACAGGAAGUAGAAAAGCUCUUUCUUCUGUGUCUUUCUAUAUAAAACUACUCUACUUAUUCCUCUAUUUAUUUUUGUAGGUUUGUCGACUGAGUCGUGCAUAUAUUAACAAACUAUUCUACCUGCCUAACCUGAAUAUACUCUCUAUAGACCUCAUCUACUUUUCUAAAGCUAGUUAGUUGCCUGGUUUGGGAUGUGAAGCCUUCUUGUAUUCGUUAGAGGAUUUUAGAUGAAUAACUCGAGCUUUAUUUUGACAGAGUUGCAGCUAAUAUUCAGCAUGAUGUUUUCAAACGUAUUCUAGCCUUGAGAGAAUAACUCGACUGUAAUGUAAUGAUUAUAUAUGCAGAUCUUUUUAGUGCAGCGACUCGGCUGCAUGUAACUCGACUUUAGUGCACUUCAGAAGUGUUGACGGUAGAUUUGUUUUUCUGCUUGUUGCUCGUUUUGUUUUGACAUCUCUCCCGUUGUUCAGGGAGACGCCUCUUCUUAUGUUUCUGUACUCUUAAGUUUGGUUUGUAAAUCAUGAAGGAACAGGUUAAAAAGCAGAAUGCUGUUUGAUAACAGGUUUAGUUUAAACUGUCGCACUGCCAAGAACCCACCCGGCUUACCUGGUGGUAAAGGUGAGCUAAACAAUCUCACCCACAUCUGGUCUGCUAGCAUUAUUAAUAUCAUGAUAUAAUUAUUAUAAAAUAAAAAGUAUCAUUUAGUCACCUAAGAUUCAAUCAUGCUGUUGCUCCAAACUUCCCCCUGCUCUUUGACUAACAAAAUAUUAUCUUUUCAGAAUAAAAGCUCAGAUCAGACCAGAUUUAUUAUAUUAAUUGUAUUGAUCCAUUUGAAGGCUGAACAUUCAUUCACAUGAAGAGAAGGUAUUUUUCAACAUGUUAAAGUUAUUUUUGUUGUUGCUUUGCCAGAUUUUAUUUUCUUGAUUUUGGUAUAUUUUUGAUGCUUAUUUUUCUACACUGUAGACCUAACAGAGAAGAUAUGAUGAUUAAAAGGUAUAAAGGAAA